AUGAUUUUCCGUAAAAACAAUUUCAAAGAAAUAAAAAGACCAAAAAAGGGUAGUGGUGUUACCCUACUCAAAAAGAUAAAUGAAUAUAUCGGUAUAAAUUGUUAUAUACCGAGCGAUGGAUAUUGCUUUGUAAAGUGCGUUAAUCGUGUUUUAAACGAAGACUACACAAGAGAUUUUCAAGAUUUCAUCAACAGUUUUUCAAAAUCAAACAGAAAAGGAGUUAUGACAACUGCUAGAAUCUGUGAAUUCAAUAAGAAAUUUAAUACUUAUUUUCAAAUUUAUAUGCCCAAACAUAGACAUUUUCAACCAAAGAAAGUAUCCAAAGAAUUAGAUUGGGUUUUUUAUUUACACAAAGAACAUUUCUGUUUGAUAAGAAGAAAUAACAAAACCUUAGGCAUUAAAGAAAUAGAAGAUAAUUACGAUGAAAACGGUUGGUAUUAUUUAUAUCAUUACGAUAAAGAAAUGAUUGAAGAAGAAUGGUAUGAAACUACUAGAAUGGUUCCGAAACACACCGAAAAAGAAAAUGUAGAAAAAGUUAACUCACAUACUCACCCUUUUAUAAGAUAUUUUAUAAGUAUUAAAGGAGGAAGAGUUUCGGCAAAUCGAAAAUCAUUUGAAACGAAUAAAAUGGAUGAAAUUUGUAGUAUAUUAAAGGAAUACAAUGCAAGUGACACUGAUAAUAUAAUUGAUUUAUUCAAAGAAUAUAGUGAUGGCACGAAAGAUAAAACGGAGCUUCAUUCGAGACUUAAAAAAAUAAAAUGUAUCAAACUAAUGGCCUUUGAUGCUAACGGUUUGUAUGCUUCCGCCAUGUCGGAUUUAGACAGCGAAUAUCCGAGAGCGGAAAGUGGUAGAUCAUUUCUACCGGAAGAAAAUAAAGAAUUUGUCAAGCUCUUUAAUGAACAGAAAUUCAGACCUAGAACUGCUAUUUUAAAAGUCUGGUGUGAAUAUCCCAAAAAUAUGUUCUUCCAACCCAUACCAGCUAAAGAUAAAAUCACUUUCACGAAUAAAGAAGGUAAAAAGGAAACUGGCACUAAAAUCAGAUUCAGAAAUGGUUUCUGUCACAACGUUUUAACAUCGGUCGAUAUUCAAGAAAUAGUGAAAGCCGGUGGACAAAUUAUUAAAAUAUUAGAUGGUAUAGUUUACGAAGAAAAUUUUAAAACUCCACCCUAUAGAUAUUAUAUUUUAAUUUUGACGUUGUAUGGUAAAUCUAUUCAGAAGGAUAUAACUACAUCGAGACAUCUAUGGAGUGAAGCGACUUUAAAAGCCAACUAUGAUUCACACUUCAAAAGCUAUGAAAAAGUAAAUGAUAGUAUAGUUGAGAUAAAUGAAGAAGAAAAAGAAUUUAUUCCUCCUAAAUCUACAAGACUAACACCUAGUCAUUUGGGAUCAUUUGCCCAUUUUUUAUUUUAA